AUGUCGCGCACCCGGGCCACCCACACGGCCCUCACUGCCGGUACCCGCGACGGUGCGCCACCCACCGGCCCGGCUCCCCCGCCCCGGGCCCCUUCCAGGCGCCGCCGCCGCCCGGGUUUCCCUACCCGCCGCCGCAAGCCCCCCCCUCCCCCGCCGAGCAGCAGCAGCGCCGGGGCGGGCGCCGUGGUCGUGGUGGCCGCAAACAGUAGCAGCAGCCGGCUGCACACGGCGGGGCAUCACGCCAGCAGCAGCAGCAGCAGCUCCCGCCGGCGCCCUGGCAGGCCGGCUAGAACCCUUGGACGGGGGUCGUUCACGCGUACUCCAUGCCUGUACCGCGCGCCCCCGUCCUCGGCUUCUUCGGCGCCCACCCGGCCUCUCAUCAGGCGCUUCACGCGGCCCCUCAGCCGUACCCGCCCGCGCCGCUCUGCGGCCUAUGGGCUGCCUUCAGUCGGUGGGUUCGCGGCGCUGCCGCCACAGCCGCUGCCGUCGGCCCCGGCCCUCCCGCCGGCGCCUUGGGACCCUGCGCUUCUAGCAGCCCUUCACACCGCCCCCACGCCGCAGCAGUACACUGGCGGUGGCGACUGGUAUAUGGACGCCGGAGCCACGGCUCACAUGGCCGCCAACCCCGGUAACCUUCUUACCGCUCACCCCAUUCACACCGCUGCUCGCAUCACCGUACCUUCGGAUGUUGCGGCUUUGCCCGCUCCCGGUGAUGGCCGCUCGCGUGCUUCUCUUGGGCCGCCUCCCGGUUUUGAGGGUGCCCCCCCGCGCCACGGGUUGAGUUUCUCCCCGGCUGGCUGCCUUAGGGGCUGCACCCCCUCCCUCCUGGCGCCCGCGACGCCCUUGGCGUCCCCCGCCCCGACCACGCCGUCGGCCUCCCCGGCGGCCGUGACGCCUCCCGCGUCCCCUGCGCCCUCCUCGGUGUCCCCCGCGGACUCGCCCGUAGCCUCGGAGGUGGCGGGCUCUUCUUCGUCAUCGCCCGCCGCCACCCUGGACUCGCUGCCCUGCCCGAUGACUCGCUCUCGGGCUGGCACUUUCCGCCCGAGCACGCGGUACAUCAGUGAUGAGUACCUUCUCGCUGCUUCCGUCUAUGAGCCGUCCCCUCUCCCAUCGUCAGCUCGAGCCGCCCUUCGGGAUCCUCAUUGGCUCGCUGCUAUGCAGGAAGAGUUCAACGCGCUCCAGCGGAACCGCACCUGGUAG